AUGGCAUCCCUGCAACCUUUCACUCCUCGGUACCACAGUCUUUUUCGACGAACUUGCCGUGACCACAAAUUGAAGCCUCUGCUAUACGCGCAUAAUUUCUCCAGUGGAGAGAAGGCUUACUGUCGGCACAGAACCUCUGCAACAAGCACUAUCAGCGGCGACCUCGUUCCCCCCAGAAGCCGCGUUGCAGCACCAUCACUGGCCGCUAUGGCGCCCUCGGCCGAGAAUCAUAGCCGCUCGCACAGCCUUUUGCUCUUCCAGAAGCUCUUAAACCUGAGAGACUCCGCGAGCCCUUUGACUCUUGUGCUGGAUAGCCUUGAGCAGAGUGCCGCGCCUGUUCUGCGAGAAUUUGUCUCUAGGGCCAAGAUUAGCAAGGCCAAGGUCAUUCUGCUCUCGUUUGCGACCCUUAGGCGGCCACAAGAUGUCGAUGUCGUUGUGAGAGCCCGAGGCAAGAAUCUCAAGGCUCUCAGGGCAGAGAUCCUAUCGCACUACCCUAAGCUAGACCCCGCAGCUGCCAAGACUGCUUCCUCUCAAAAGACCGUCGUUCUGCUCGACUCCCUUAACGAGCUCGCUACAGCGGCGCCUCAAAUCGUGGCAAACUUCCUGUCCAGCAUCGUCAUGCCAGCAGUAUCCCUGGUCGCGGUGUACCACACCGAUGUGCCCGUUGUCCUCCCACGGGCGGUGAGCGAGUACGAGCCUCACCCCCUGACUGUCCUCUCUCACUUGGCCACCUCCAUCCUCCGGUUGUCUAGUCUCCGCCAAGAGAUCGAGCGUCAGAGGGCGAGGAACAGGAGUCUUCAGGAGCCCGAGUGGGGACUGGGCGAGGGUCGCGAAGGCGUCCUCAUCGGUCUCAAGGGCGACACCAAGUCCGAGGAUUACCACGGUGUGGUCGUCGAGAUGGAGAUCAGGAGGCGGAGUGGGCGAGCCAUGGCGGAAAAAUUUGUUGUGUCGCCACAAACAGGUCAGGCUGCCGCUGUCGCCUCCGUGAAGGGGUCCAAGAUCUUCCUCCUGUCAGAGCAUCCCGUUUUUGCCGCCCCUGGCGGCUCCGGUCCGUCGAACGCUGGAGACGGGGAAGAAGAGGAGCCGGAGAGCACCUUUAACCUAGGUCUCACAGAGAAGCAACGGCGGGACAGGGAAGGAAUAGUGCUGCCCUACUUUGAUGCGCAGACGGACAUAGGGGCAGGAGAAGGUGGUAGAAUUCUGUAUGAGAUGGGCAGAGAGGAUGACUUUGAUGACGAGGAGGACGAAAUCUAG